AUGCAUGUCUCCUUGGUCCUAUCUGACAAAAUGUCCUUUUCCUCAUCGUUGCUCACAAUCAUCUUCAUCACUGCCUUGCUAUGUCCUCUGUAUUCUGGAGCUCUUCUUACUCCACAGAGACACAGUCGCGAGGAGCCAGACUGUGACAGAUAUAUAGGUCGAUUAUAUUCGUGCACCAGAGAACUGCGUCCAGUCUGCGGAACAAAUGAGCAAACUUACUCCAAUAGAUGCCUUUUCUGCAGUGCAAUGUUAGAAAGUGACGGAGCAUUUGGAUUGAAGCAUUAUGGGCCCUGCGAGUCGUCCUAGGGCCAUGGUAGCAAGCCUACUUUGCGGAGGACGCCACUCUGAGCCUUUUCAAUGAGGGCGUCAAAUUCCUAGGUGACUGCACAAAGCCUUCUGUUCUAUACAAGAUGGAGAAUAGAGUGCUGGAAAUUGUCUCUCAACUAAGAACCUAGAUUGAUUUUCAUUCUCCAUUUGAUCAUUAA